GAUGUCUUAUACUUUGCGACGUUGAGGAUCAAGCCUAAAUCGACAGAGAACACUCAUUACUUCUGCACUGACGACGAACUGACCUACGAAGGAUUCUUUCAAGAUUUCGGACCCCUAAACAUUGCAAAACUCUACAAGUACUGCCUCAAGCUAAACAAAAAGUUGAAGGUAUGUGCAAUUUCAAAGAAAAAAGUUGUCCACUACACGAGUUUCAAUCCGCAGAGAAGAGUGAACGCUGCCUUCCUCAUUGGAUCAUAUGCCAUUAUUCAUUUGAAAAUGUCACCUAUUGAAGUUUACAAAGUACUUGUGUCUGGCAGUAACCCACCUUUUACUAAUUUCAGGGAUGCCUCACAGGGCCCUGCCAUAUACACCGUCAGUCUCAUGGAUUGCUUCAAUGGCAUAAAUAAGGCUAUGAUAUCUGGGAUAUUAAAUUUUGAGUCUUUCAAUGUUGAGGAAUAUGAACACUAUGAGAAAGUUGAGUAUGGAGACCUGUGCAUCGUCGUUCCCAACAAGUUCAUCGCAUUCUGCGGGCCACAUUCGAGAAAUAAGAUUGAACACGGAUACCCUCAACAUUCUCCGGACUUUUACUUUUCCUAUUUUCGCAAGCAGCGCGUGUCGACUGUGAUUCGACUGAACAAGAAAAUGUACGACGCGCGCAGGUUCACAGAGGCUGGCUUCAGACAUUACGAACUCUUCUUUAUAGAUGGCAGCUGUCCUAACGAUAAUAUCUUGCAUCGAUUUUUAAACAUUUGCGACGAGUCUACUGGUGUCAUAGCUGUUCACUGCAAAGCUGGUUUAGGACGCACCGGCACCUUGAUAGCGUGCUACUUGAUGAAGAACUAUAGGUUCACUGCCCUGGAAGCCAUAGCAUGGCUCAGGAUUUGCAGGCCCGGCUCUGUCAUUGGUCCUCAACAAGCCUACCUUAUUCAGUCCGUUGCUAUUAUUAUUAUUAUUAUUGUUGUUGUUGUUCUUCUUUUUUUUCUUCUUAUUAUUGUUGUCGUCUUCAUUGUUUAA